AUGGUGGGGGAGGAGUGGGGGGAGUGGUGGGGGGGGUGGGAGGGGUGGUAUAGAGAUGUGGGGAAGUGGGGGGAGGAAAGAGAUGGGUUAUGGUGGGGGGGGGGUGGGGGGGGGUUUGGGUGGGGGGGGGGUUGGGUGGGGGGGUGGGUGGUGGGGGGUUGGGGGGUGGGUUGGGGUUGGUUGGUGUGGUGGGGUUGGGGUGGGUGGUGGUGGGUGUGGGGGUGGGUUGUGGUGGUGUUGGGUGGGUGGUUGGUGUUGGGUGUUGUGUGGGUUGGUGUGGUGUUGGGGUGGUGUUGUGGGGUUGGUUGGGUGUUGGUUGUUGGGUGGGUGGGUGGGGUGUGUGGGUGGUGGUGUUGGGGUGGUGGUGUUGUGGGGGUGUGUUGGGUGGUGUGGUUGGGGGUGGGUGGGUGUGUGGUGUGGGGGUGUUGGUGGGUGGGGUGGGUUGGGGUUGUGUGGGGUGGGUGGUUGUGGGUGUUUGUGUGGUUGGGGGGUGGUGUGGUGGUGGGUGUGGUGGGUUUGGGGGGUGGGUGUGGGGUUGGGGUGUUGGUGGGUGGUGGGGUGGUGGUGGGGUGGUGUUGGUGUUGGUGGGUGUGGGUGUUUGUGGUUGGGGGUGGGUGGGGUGGUUGUGGGGUGUGGUUGUGGUUGGUGGGGGGUGGGUGUGGUUGGGUUGUGGGGUGGGGUGGUGGUUGGUGUUGGUGUGGGGGUUGGUUGGUGGUGUGGGUGGGGUGGGGGUGUGUUGUGGGGGGUUGGGGGUGGGUGGGGUGGUGGUUUGUGGUUGGGUGUGUGGGGGGGGUUGGGGUGUGGGUGGGGUUGUGGGUGGGGUGGGUUGGUGUGGGGGUGGGUGGGGGGUGGGGUGUGGGUGGGGUUGUGGUGGGGUGGGGGUGGUGGGGUGGGUGUGGUGGGUGUUGGUGUGGGGUUGGGGGGUGUGGGUGUUGGGGGUGGGUGGUUGGGGGGUUGUGUGGGUUGUGGGGUGGUGGGUGGUGUUGUGGGGUGUGGUGGGUGGGUGUGGGGUGUGGGGGUGGUGUUGUGGGGUGUGUGGUGGGUGGGUGGGUUGGGGUGGGUGGGGGGGUGUGGGGUGUGGUGGGGGUGUUGGGUGGUGGGGGUGGGGGGGUGGGGGUGUGGUGUGGUGUGGGGUGGUUGGUGGGGUGGGGGGUUGGUGUUGGGGGUGGUGUGGGUGGGUGUGGUGGGGGUGGUUGUGGGUUGGUGGUGUGGGUUUGGUGGUGUGGGGGUGUGUGUGGGUGGUGUUGUGGGGGUGGUGGUGUGGGUGGUGUUGGUGGGUUGUGGGGGGGUGUUGUGGUGGUGUUGGUGUUGUGGUGGUUGGGUUGUUGGGGUGGGGGUUUGGUGUGGUGGGGGGGUGUGGGGUGGGGUUGUGGGUGGUGGUUGGGGGUGUGGGGUGGUUGGGGGUGUGGUUGGGGGUGGUGGUGGGGUGGGUGGGGGUGGUGGUUGGGGGUGGGGUGGUUGGUGGUGGGUUGUGGUGGGGUGUGGGGGGUGUGGGGGUGUUGUGGUGUGGGGUGGUUGUGUUGUGGGGUGGGGUGUGGGGUUGGGGGGUGUGGGUGGUGGUUGUGGGGGUGGUGUGGGGGGGUGGGGUUGUGGGUGGUGGGGUGGGUGGGGGGUGUGUGGGGUUGUGGGUGGUGGGUUGUGGUGGGGGUUGUGGGUGUGGGGGGUGGGUUGGGUGGGUGUGGGGGUGUGGGUGUGGGGUUGGUGGGUGUGGGGGGUGGUGGUGUGGGGGUGGGUUGUGGGGGUGUGUGGGGUGUUGGUGUGGGUGUUGUGGGGGUGGGUGGGGUUGUUGUGUUUGUGGUGGGGGUGGGGGGGUGUUGGGGUGUGGGUUGGGUGUGGUGGGUGGGGGGUGUGGUUGUGGGUGGUGUGGGGGUGUGGUUGGUGGUGGUUGGGGGUGGGGUGGUGUGGGUGGGUGUGUGGUUGGGGGUGUGGGUGGUGGGGUGGUGUGGGUGGGGUGUGUGGGGUGGUGGUGGGUGGUGUGGGUGUUGGGUGGUGGGUGUGGGGUGGUGGGGUGUGGUGUGGGUGGGGGUGGGUGUUGGGUGUGGUGUGGUGGGGGUGGGGGGGUGGUGGGUGGUUGGUGUGGGGUUGGGGGUGGUGGUGGGGUGUGGGGUGGUGUGGGGUGGUGGGGGGGGGUGGGUUGUGGGUGUUGGGGUGGGUGGUGGGUGUUGUGGUGUGGGUGUGGUGGGUGGGGGUUGUGUGGUGGGGGGGUGUGGUGGGUGGUGUUGGUGGGGUUGUGGGGUGGGGGUGUGGUUGGGGGGUUGUGGUGUUGGGGUGGGUGGGGGGUGGGUGGGGUGUGGGGGUGUGGUUGGGUGGGUGGGGUUGGGUGGUGGUUGUGGGGUGGGUGUGGGGGGGGUGGGGUGGGUGUUGGGUGUGGGUGGUGGGUGGUGUGGGGGUGGGGUGGGUGGGGGUUGGUUGUGGGGUGUGUGGGGUGGGGUGGGUGGGUGUGGGUGGGGUGGUGUUGGGGGUGGUGGGUGGGUGUGUGGGGUGUGUGGGUUGUGGUGGGGUUGGGGGUGGGUGUUGUGGUUGUGGGGGUGGGGUUGUGGGUGGUGGGGUGUGGGUGGUGGUGGGGGUGUUGUGGUGGGUGGUGGGGUGGUUGGUGUUGGUGGGUGGGGUGGGGGUGUGGUGGGGUGGGGGUGUGGGUGGUGGGGGGUUUGUGUGGUGGUGGGGGUGUGGUUGUGUGGGUGUUGGGUGGGGGGGGUGGGGUGGGGUGGGUGGUGUGUGGUGGUGGGUGGGGGUGUGGUGUUGGGGGGUGGGUGGUGGUGGGGGGGUGGGGGUGUGUUGGGGUGGGGGGGUGGUGUGGUGUUUGGGUGUGGUGGGGUGUUGGGGUGGUGUGGGGUGGGGGUGUGGGGGGGUGUGGGGUGGUGGGGUGGGUGGUGGGGGGUUGGGUGGUGUUGGGGGUGGGUGGUGGGGGGUGUGUGGGUGGUGGGUGGUUGGGGUGGUGGGUGGGGGUGGUGUUGGGUGGGUGGGGGGUGGUGGGGGUUGUGGUUGGGGGUGUGGGGUGGGUGGGGUGGGGGGUGGUGGGUGGGGUGUGGUGGGGUGUUGGUGGUGGGGUGGGGGUGGUGGGGUGGUGGGGGGUGGUGGGUGUGGGGGGUUGGUGGUUGUGGGGUGGGUGUUGGUGGGGUGGGGUGGUGGGUUGUGGGGGGGGGGGUGGGGGUGUGGGGGGGUGGGGUGUGGGGGGGUGGGGUGGGUGGGGUGGUGUGUGGGGGGUGGGGGUGGUGGGGGGUGGGGGGGGUGUUGGGGUGGUGGGGUGGUGUGGUGGGGGUGGUGGGUGUGGGGUGGGUGGGGGGUGUGUGGGUGGUGGGUGGGUGUGGGGUGGGGGGUGUGGGUGUGUGGGUGGUGGGUGUGGUGGGGUUGUGGGGUGGGGGGUUGGGGUGGUGUGGUGGGGGUGGUGGGGUGGUUGGGUGUGGGGGUGGUGGGGGGGUGGUGGUGGGGGGGUGGUGGUGUGGGUGGGUGGGUGGGUGUUGUGGGGUGUGGGUUGUGGGGGUGGGUGGGUGUGGUGUUGGUGGUGGGGUGGGUGGUGGUGGGGGUGGGGGUGGUGUGGGUGGUUGGGGUGGGGUGGGUGUGGGGUGGUGGGUGUGGGGGGGUGGGGGGGGGUGGGGUGUGGGGUGUGGUGGGUGGUUGUGUGGGUGGUGGGGGUUGGGUGGUGUGGGUGGUGGGGGUGGUGGGGGGGGGGGUGUGGGGUGGUGGGUUUGGGUGGGGUGGUGGGGUUGGUGGGUGGGGUGGGUGGUGGGGGGUGGGUGGGUGUGUGUUGGGGGUGGUUGGGUGGGGUGUGGGGUUUGGGUUGUGGGUGUGGUUUGGUGUUGUGGGGGUGUGGGUGUGGGGGUGGGUUGGUGGUGGGGUGUGGGGGGUGGUGGGGUGUGGGUGGGGUGGUGUGGGGUGGGUGGGUGUGGGUUGUGUGGGGGUUGGGGUGGGUGGUGGUGGUUGGGGGUGGGGGGUGUGGGUGUGGUGGUGGUGGUGGGGUGGUGGGUGGUGGGGGGGUGGGUGGGGUGUGUGGGUUGGUGUGGGUGGUGGGUGUUGGUGGGGUGGGUUGGGGGUGGGGGUGUGGGUGGGGUUGUGGGGUGGUGGUGGGGUGUUGGGUGUGGUGGGGUGGUUGGGGGUGGGGGGUGGGGUGGGGGUGGGUUGGGUGGGGGUUGGUGGGUGGGGGGGUGGGGGGUGUGGGGGGGGUGUGGUGGGUGGGGGGUGGUGGGGGGUGGGUGGGGGGGGUUGUGGGUGGGGGUGGGUGGUGGGGGGGGGUGUGGGGUGGGUUGGUGGGUGUGGGUGGGGGUGUGGGGGUGUUGUGGUGUGGGGUGGUGGGUGUGGGGGUUGUUGGGGUGUGGGUGGUGGGUGGGUUGGGGUGGGGUUUGUGGGGGUGGUGGGGGGGUGGUGGGGGUGUGGGGUGGGGUUGGUUGUGGGUGGGUUGUGGUGUGGGUGGUUGUGGUGGGGUUGGGUGUGGGUGGGGUUGUUGGUGUUGGUUUGGGUGGUGGGGUGGGGGUGGUGGGGUGGGGGUUGGUGUGUGGGUGGGGGUGGUGGGUUGUGGGGGGUGGGGGUGUGGGGGGGUGUGGGUGGGGGUGUGUGGUUGGGGGUGGUGUGGUGUGGUGGGGGUGGUUGUUUGGUGGGUGGUGUGGGGUGUGGGUGGUGGGUGGGGGGGUUGUGGUUGGGGGUGGGGGGUGUGGGGUGUGGGUGGUUGGGGGUGGUGGGGGGGUGGGUGGUGGGGGUGGUGGUGUGGGGGGGUUGGUUGGUGGGUUUGGGUGUGGGUGGGGGGGUGGUGGUGUGGGGUGUGGUGGGUUGUGGGUGGUUGGGGUGUUGUUGUGUGGGGUGGUGUGGGGGGUGGGUGGGUGUGGGUUGGGGGGUGGGUGUGGGUGGGGUUGGGGUGUGGUUGGGGGGGGGUUGGUGGUGGGGUGGUGUGGGUGGGGGGGGGGUGGGGGGUGGGGUGUGUGGGGUGGGGUGUGGGUGUUGGGGGUUGGUGGGGGGGGUGGUGUUGUGGGGUGGGGUGUGGGGGGGUUGGUGGUGGGUGUUGGGGUGGUGUUUGGUGGGUUGGUGGGGGUGGUGUUGUGGGUGGUGGUUGUGGGGGUGUUGUGUGGUGGGGUGGGUUGUGGUGUGGUUGUGGGGUGGUGUUGGUGGGUGGUGGGUUGGUGGGGUGGGUUUGGUGGUUGGGGGGGGUGGGGUGGUGGGGGUGUUGUGUGGGGGUGGGGUGGUGGUUUGGGUGUGGGGUGUGGUGGGUGGGGGUGGGGGGUUGGUGGGUGUGGGGUGGGUGGGGGGUUGGUGGGUGUGUGUUGUGGGGUGUGGGUUGGGGGGGUGGGUUGUGUGUGGGGUGGGGGUUGGGGUGUGGUGGGUGUGGGGUUUGGUGGGGGGGGUGGUGGUGGGGGUGGGGUUGUGGUGGGGGGUGGGUGGUGUGUUGGUGUUGGUGGGGUGUGGGUGGGUUGUGGGGUGUUGUGGGGUGGUGGGGUUGGGGGUUGGUGUGGGUUGUGGUGUGGUGGUGUUGUGGGUGGGUGUGGGUGGGUGGGGUGUGUGGGUGUGGGGGUGGUUGGGUGGGGUGGGUGUGUGGGUGGGGUGUGGUGGGUUGUGGUGGGUGUGGGUGUGGGGGGGUGGGUGGUGGGGUUGUGGGGGUUGGGUGUGGUGGGUGGGGUGGUGUGUUGUGGGUGGGUGUGGGUUGGGGGUGUGGUUGGGUGUUGUGUGGGUGUGGUUGGUGUGGUUGUGGGGUGUGGGGUUGUGGGUGGUGGGGUGGGGUGUGUGGUGUGGGGGUGGUUGGGUGGGUUGGGGGUGGGUGGGGUUGUGGGGGGUGGUGGGUUGUGGGUGUGGGGGUUGGUGGGUGUGGGUGUUGUGGUGGGGGGGUUGGGGUGGGGGUGUGGGGUGUUGGGGGUGUGGGUGGGUGUUGGGGUGUGUGGGUUGUGGGUGGGUGUGGGUGGGGGGGUGUUGGUGGGGUGGUGUUGGUGUGGGGUGGUGGGUGUGGUGGUGUGGGGUUGGUGGGUGGUGGUGUUGGGGGGUGUGGUUGGGUUGUGUGGUGUUGGGUGGGUGGGGGUGGUUGUGGGUGUUGGGGUGGGUGGGGGGUGGUGUGGUGGGUGGGUGUUGGUGGGUGGGGGUGUGUGGGUGGGGUGGGUUGGGUGUGGGGGGUGUGGUGGGGUGGGUGUGGGUGGGGGGUGUGGUUGUGGUGGUGGGGGUUGGUGGUGGGGGUGUUGGGUGGUGUGGUUGUGUGGGUGGUGUGGGUGUGGUGGGGGGUGUUGGUGGGUGGUGUGUGGGGGGGUUGUGGGGUGUGGUUGUGGGUGUGUUGGUGGGUUGUGGGUGGUGGUUUGGUUGUGGUGGGUGUGGGGUGUGGUGGGUGUGUUGGGGUGGUGGUGUUGGGGUGGUUGGUGGGUGGGGUUGGGGGGGUGUGGGUGGGGGUGGUGGGUUGUGGGGUUGGUGUGGGGGGGUGUGGGUGUGGUGGUGUUGUGGGUGGGUUGUGGUUGGUUGUGGGUGGGGUUGGUGGGGUGGGGGUGGGUGUGGGUGGUGUUGGGGGUGUGGGUGGUGGGUGUGGUGGGGGUUGGUGUGGUGGGUGGUGGGUGUUGGGUGUGGUGUGGGGUGGGUUGUGGGGGUGGGUGUGGUUUUGGGUGGUGUUGGGGGGUUGGUGUUGGUGGGUGUGGUGGUGUUGGUGUGGGUGGGGUGUUGGUGGGGUGUGGGUGGGUUUGUGGUGUUGUGGGUGUGGUGUUGGGGUGUGUGGGUGGGGGGUGGGUUGUGUGGGGUGGGUGUGGGUGGGUGUUGGGGUGGUGUUGUGGUGGGUGGGGUGGUGUGUGGGUUGUGGGGUUGGUGGGUGUUGGGGUGGGGGUGGUUGGGGUGGGGUGUGGGUGUGUGGGGGUGUGUGGGGUGGUGGGGUGGGUUGGUGUGGGGUGGUGGUGGGUGGGUUGGUGGUGGGUUGUGGUGGGGGGGUUGUGGGUGUGGUGGGGUUGGUGUGGUGGGGGGUUGGGGUGUGUGUUGGGGGGUGGGGUGGUUGUGUGGGGGUGGUGGGGGUGGGGUGGUGGGGGGUGUGGGUGGUGGGGUGGGUGGUGGUGUGGGGUGGUUUGUUGGGGUGGGGUGGUUGGUGUUGGGGUGGUGGGGGUGUUGGUGGGGGUUGUUGGGGUGGGUUGGGGGGGGGUUGUGGGUGUUGUGGGUUGUGGGUGGUGGGGGUUGGUGGUUGUGUGGGGGUGGGUGGGGGUGGGGUGGUGUGUGGGGGGUUGUGGGUGUGGUUGUGUGGGUGGUGUGUUGGGGGGGUGGUUGGUGGGUGGUGUGGGGUGGGUGGUUGUGUUGGGGGUGUUUGGUUGGGGUGGGUGUGUGGGGUGGUUGGUGUGGGUGGGGUGUUGUGUGGGUGGUUGUGGGGGGUUUGGUUGGUGGGGUGUGGGGUGUUGGGAGGGUGAGGAGGGGGAUGGGGGGUUGGUUGUGGGGGUUGAUUUGGGUAUUUUUAUUGUUUUUUUUUUGUGUUGGUAUUUGGUUGGUUGGUUUAAGUGA